AAUGUCCUCAAUUUUAGUUUUCUCGUGUAUUUUGUCUCACAAGUUUUUUUUUUUUUUUAUUCUUCUUUCUUCAGUCUUCGGUGUAGUCUUAUUUUUCGUUCCAGUUUCCACUCCUUCUGCGGCUACGCCCACCGGAAAACCUUCUCGCUAGCCCGUCGCCGCUACUAUAGCCAUAGCCACCGUCAUCGACCACCACUAAACUGAACAACCCUAGCUGGAAACGCCCUGUCAAAGUUGAUUCGAGCAAACCCUUGAACUGAAGCAGUAACAGAGCGACUUCUCACCGCCACUCCGUUGAUGAAGAAGAAGAAGAAGAAGAAGAACAUACAGAGAUUGGGAGGGGCUGGUCUUUCCCUCGAAGCAUUUGCCAAAGCAAAAUCAACAAACAUUUCCCAUAAUCCAGCCUUAAUUAGAUGAAUCAAGGGUCUCUAAAUGGUCAAGGAAGCCAAUAUUGAGUUUUUAAUCCCUUAUUCCCAUGAGCCU